AUGUUAAUUGUCCUUCAUCAGGCAAAGCCGGAUGCGGUGGAAAGGGUGUCUAAGAUAGUAAAGAAGCAACUUGCAUUGCCAGAUGACUCUGCAGUUACCGGCGAGUCAAAGUUUUCCGAACUUGGAGCGGAUUCUCUAGAUACGGUUGAGAUUGUGAUGGGACUUGAGGAGGAAUUCGGCAUCAGUGUGGAAGAGGAAAGCGGUCAGACCAUUGCAACUGUGCAGGAUGCCGCAGAUGUUAUUGAGAAGCUCAUUGAGAAAAAUAAGGCGUAGAAGCGAUGGAAACGAGUCGAGAAGCAUUUUCAUUUCCUAGCCUGCUCUAGAGAUAAGUACUUGGUAGACUGGUUAUGUACUCGGUUGUUUUGUGUUAAAUCCGAACC